UCUGUGCUCAAACGCAACGUUUGUGCUUGCCUUCUCCAGCCAAAGACAGCUGACCGGACCUCAUCCCCUUUCCCCGAAUCGAAUUAGGCGAGACCAGUUUUUUUGUGGCCAGCAAUGACGUGCUGAGGUCGUCGCUCGAAUGUUUAUACGCUCUCGCUUCUUUCUCGUAAUUUGAGUGUGUUUUUUCGGAUUUCGGUGUUUUGCCAAAAUAUCAACAAAAAUUGUAUCUAUAUUUCUGCUAACGGAAAGCGGUAACAAGCAACAGCAACAAACUACAAUUCACAUUUCAAGUUAACAAUUUUAUAUCGAUUUUGACGAAAUGUCCACCCAGCAAAAGCAAUCCCGAUGGUAUUUUGGCGGCUUGGCCAGUGCUGGCGCUGCCUGCUGCACACAUCCUUUGGACUUGAUUAAGGUGACUCUGCAAACGCAGCAAGGGAAACUGUCUGUCCUACAGUUGGUGCCAAAAAUUAUACGCGAACAGGGCGUAUUGGCUUUUUACAGUGGACUAUCGGCAUCCAUGUUGCGGCAGUUAACGUACUCGACAACUCGUUUUGGUGCCUACGAAGUGGGAAAGGAUUUCAUUAACACAGACACCUUCACGGGCAAAAUAGCAUUGGCGGGGCUCUCUGGUCUAGCUGGCGGUAUAGUGGGUACACCGGCAGAUAUGGUCAAUGUGAGAAUGCAGAAUGAUGUGAAGCUACCCAAGGAGCAACGUAGAAAUUACAAAAAUGCCAUUGAUGGACUCUUCAAAGUCUACCGACAGGAAGGAUUCACGCGUCUGUUCUCUGGUGCCACAACUGCAACUGGUCGUGGCAUACUAAUGACCAUUGGACAGAUUGCCUUCUAUGAUCAGACAAAGGUUUACCUGCUGUCGACACCCUAUUUCAAGGAUAACCUGGUAACGCAUUUCACUGCCUCUCUGGUAGCUGGCACUAUAGCUACUACACUAACCCAACCAUUGGAUGUGCUGAAGACACGAUCAAUGAACGCCAAACCCGGAGAAUACAACGGGCUUUGGGAUAUUGUACGACACACAGCCAAACUGGGUCCCAUGGGCUUCUUCAAGGGCUACAUUCCGGCUUUUGUGCGUCUGGGUCCUCAUACCAUAAUCACGUUUGUGUUCUUGGAACAGUUACGUCUCAACUUUGGCUACAUCAAGUCCAGUUAACUCUAGUUAAAUCUAAGUUAAAAGAUGUUUAGCAAGAAACCCAAUCGUAAUGCUAACAUUCCAGCUACAUUCGGCUGCAUUUGUGCUUAAGCUUUAAUUAAGCCAAAAUAUAUUAUUUGUUAACUAUAAAGAUGCUUUAAUUGUUGCAUAUUAUGUCUUAGCUUCAUAUAAAUAACUUUGAGAGAUUAGA